CUUUAAUUCCUGUUUAUAUUUAUAUUGAUAAUCUUAUGAGAACCAUUUUAGAAAAAUAAAACUUUUAGAUGUAGAUUGAUUCUUCAGAAAAUGCAUUUUUUAGAAUAAUAAGAAUUUCAUUCCAAUUGAACAAACGGCAUCUUCCUUAUUUUACGUUUGUUUGCCCCUAGUUUUUUGAAUUUUUUUUUUUUUUCUUAAAUAAAUGAAAAUCGAAAUUUUUUCUAGUUCUCUCUUUUUAUUUUUUCAUAUAUCUCAUAAGAGAAAAGAAGUCUUUAGUGCUAUCGCCAUUCUUAAUCGAUUAUUUUAUUGUUUUAUUUUUUUUUUCCCUUACCCUAAUUAACCAAACUAUCUCACCAAAAAUAGUCACCAUGGAAGAAACAGCUCAAGAAUCUGUUAGCAGCCUCUCGCCAAGUUCCAACUCUCUUACAGAGAUAACCUUAAGGUACAAAGAUAAACUCCAAAAUAUGGAUAAGGAGCAGAUGAUCCUAACCUUGGGUAUCAUCAUGACUGCUGUCACAUCCGCCGUUGCCUUUGGAGUUAUUUCCACGAAUGGAAAAUUCAGUGACUUCAUAGGAGGAGACGAAUGCGAUGAGGAGGAAACCCAGAGUAAAAAAGAACACCUAGAAAAAUCCGAAGAGUGGAAAAGAAAAGAAUGGGACAACUGGAUGAAGAAAUUGGAAGAAGACUGGAAAGUAUUCUACGAAAAUCUAGAAAAUGAAAAAAAUAAAUUUAUAGAAGAAAAAGAAGAAGAUUGGAACACAUGGAUAAAAUCGGUAGAGAAAAAAUGGACCCACUUUAACCCUAACAUGGAUAAAGAAUUUCACUGCAAUAUGUUGAAGAGAUCCAUAAAUUGGACUGAGCCUCACUGGAGAGAAUGGAUCAAAACGGAAGGAAGACUAUACCUCGAUAUCGAAUGGAAAAAAUGGUUUUUCGAAAAUCAAUCUCGCCUAGACGAAUUAAUUGUGAAGAAAUGGAUUCACUGGAAAAAAGAAAAAAUCAUUAAUUGGCCACAUGUUCCAUCACUGGGAAAUGCAUUUUUAUCGAACAUUAGAUCAGCCCCAAUGAGAUGA